AUGGCAGUAAACGUAUAUAACACCAGUGGAACCACAGAUAAUAUCAGUAGACAUGAGGCACUGUAUUGGGUCAAUGAGAUGUUACAGGCUAACUUCAUGAAGAUUGAAGAAUUAUGCUCUGGUGCUGCAUAUUGUCAGUUUAUGGAUAUAUUAUUUCCAGGCUGCAUAAACCUGAAGAAAGUAAAAUUCAUGACGAACUUGGAGCACGAGUAUAUCAGUAAUUUCAAAUUAGUACAGGGAGCGUUCAGUAAGAUGAAAGUCGACAAGAUAAUUCCAAUUGAGAGGCUAGUGAAAGGACGUUUUCAAGACAAUUUCGAGUUUAUACAGUGGUUCAAAAAGUUCUUCGACGCCAACUAUGAACUAAAUCAGUACGACCCUGUGGCCGCCAGGGGUGGGGAGGCCAUGGGGGGCAUAGGGAACCAAAUUGUACCCCCAAGAAAGUCAAACAAUAUGGCGGCCACGUCGUCGUCGUCGUCGUCGCAUACGUCGUCGCGACCGAAGCCAUCUGGUCGGUCAACCAUCAAGAUGGCGCCAACAACGCCGGCCAAAUCAAACCUGAAAAAUAGUCAAGGGGAUGUCAAUCACAAACUAGAGGGAAUCACCUCUCAGUUACAGGAAAUGAAGCUGACGAUAGACAGCCUAGAGAAGGAGCGAGACUUCUACUUUGGGAAGCUACGACAGAUUGAGAUGUUGUGUCAGGAGGUCGUUGGUGGCGGUGGCGGCCAGCAACUGCAACAUCCACAUGACGAACAAAUGGUGCAACAGAUUCUCGACAUACUCUAUGAAACUGAGGAAGGCUUUGCUCCACCCGAAGCUAAUCUCGAGAAUGGCGCCAAUGGGGACUGCAAUGAUGAGUACUAA